AAAUUUGACAAUUCAGGAAGCAUGAAUAUAGUAUAUUGCUAAAUGCCAUUUUAGCUAUCAUAUUAAUGCGGCAUACAUUGGAAUGAGAAUUUGAUGGACGGAAUGAAAUGAACAUAUUUCAAUUGAUAUUGUCACCUUUAUAUGAUAUCAAUGGAUUUUAAGUUGUUCUUAUGUCUCAUUGUGUGUUUUUUCUCUCCUUUUAUCGCAUCUUCUAGCUCACAGUUAUGUAACAGUCCUAACGGGGAAGUAUGCUGUAGUGGAUAUGUAUGGAAUGAAACACAACAUACCUGUACACGUUGCAUGGAUGGAUUUUACGGUAGGAACUGUACUUUUCGAUGUUCAUAUCCAAGCUUUGGUUUGGAUUGUCAAUUAAAAUGUAUAUGUAGCAGUGAAGAAUGUCACCACGCGUACGGGUGCAGGAGAACUCCAUCAGAAGAUUAUUCAUCAUUGCACAGCAGUGAAAUAUCCAACGUACCUGCAUCUGCUUCAAAUACAAUUUAUCACGUGGAUAUAACAGAGGCUGCACCGAAAUAUACCAACAUCCAACAUAUGGACAACAUGUCUACCGAAGAGAAGGAAGAUGUAUAUGAAAGUAAAUCUACAUCUUUCAUUGCUGGUAUCAUCAGUCUUCUGAUCGUUGCGGGGCUGUUACUAGUUGUGUACGCAAUGACGUAUCUACAUAAAGUCACUUGCAUAGUUCAAGGAGAUACAGCGAGUAAAAGCACAUUUUAAAGAGAUGAAACUUACGACCCUCACGUUCAAUUAAAAUAUGAUGGCAUGCAUUAUCUUUUAUGUACAUGUAUAUAAAAGAAUAACAAUGGAAUUAAAGACUCAAGUUUUGUAUCAUUCAGACUUCUUAUUUCUACCUAUAAAAACAAAAUAAACGCAUGGUACUACAUUUACGUUGAAUCUCAUCAAAUAAUUUUAAAACAUGUUUUAGGUAAAGAAUGAAUGUUCUAAUUACUCAUUCUAACACCUAAGCUAUUAUUUCUAGAAACAUAUUAGGUAGCAUUUGAGGACAAUAUAACUUGUUUUCAUAAAAUCUUAAAACAGUUUCUAUAACUCUCGAUCGCUGUAAGUUUCCAUUGCACGUGUUACAAACACCAGUAGCCUAUCAAUUGAUUUAUAUUUCAUAGCUUUAUUGUUAUACGUAACUGCUUUUUAAGAUUUGUCACGUCCGAAUGAUGCUUAAUGCAACGAUGGAAUAGGAUGAAUAGAAGCAGGUAUGUCAUCACUUACAGUUGCAAGAUAUUUCAAUGUUGCACAAAGCUCGAUAAAUAUCUUUUGGAACAGAUAUCAACAACAUGGUUUUAAAAAUGAUGGUAAUAAAGCAGGUAUACCACAAAUUAGUUUAUCAGCACAGUAUUACUUCAUCUGGUUGCUUCAUAGUCAACAAUUCAAAACAGCACCAUAUACAACAACUAUCAUUUCUGUGAUAUGUAGAAUGAAAAAGAUGAAGAGAAUGAAUACUGACCAAUCUCUAAUUUCUAAUUAGGAAAGCAAAUUCAGAGUAAGGCAAAGAAGGACCCCUGGACAUACCAGAGGUGAGGAUAUGUGUCUACGAGGAGUAAGUAUCCCCUGUCAAUCUGUCACGUGUGAUAAUCAGAGCAGUAUCACUCAUCUGGUUGCUUCAUUGUCAACGAUUCCCAAAACCGACAUAUACAACAACUAUCACUCCAGGAAUUCGCAGAAUGAAAAAUGAAAUGGUAAAGAGAACGAAUAAGUUACCAAUCUCAAAACUCUAUUAGGAAUACAAAUUCAGAGUAGGGCAAACACGUACCCCUGGGCAUACGGGAGGUAAGAACAGGAGCCUAAGAGGAGUUAGCAUCCUCUGUUGACUGGUCGCACCAGCCAUUAUUUUGAUCGGGUAAACGAAGUAACCCAUGGUCAAAUCCGUGCGUAAUCAACUACCUCAAUAGCAUUUUUUAUAAUGGCGGUAUGUAAUGGUAAAUAACACUUUCAAACGGUAAUGAAUUUUGCAAAAUGCAAACUUUAAACAAAAAUAUUGAAACCCCUGCACCAUCAACUUAUUUAUCAGUAGCCUAAGUCUAUUGUUUUUAAAAAUGGUCAUACACAGAGCAAGUUCCUGAGUAUCAAAUCAGAUAAAAGGCAUAAACAGCAUGUGCAAGUUAUAAUGGAAUAUUACUACAUCGAUAAGGGAAGUUAACGAUUGGUAAGCUGAUAUUAUACCGUUUGUCAUAAAGUUGAAUUGAUAUUUUGCCAUUGAUAUCCAUUUUCAAUAAAAUAUCCAAGUAUAAAGCAGAUGUUGAGGGCCCUGUUGCAUAUUUUAUUUCGAGUUUGCCGGGAUGAAAGAUGAUGAUAAUGAACAAUGAUCAAUCUCCCACAAAGAAUACAAAUUCGGUCAAAAAUUGACUCCAAUACAUACCAAAGAUUGGACCAGGUGUCUGAGAGAUAUAUGUGUAGCUUUGUGUCGCAGUUGAUGAGCCAUCAAUAAAUCUUGAUAGUGGACACAGCUUUUGAGUUUUAACUACAGUUUAAUGACUAAGUGUUGAAUGCAGUGCUCAUUUCACUUUCCUCCAUUACAUUCAGUGUUCAAUAAAUUAUUGUGAGUAUUAUAUUCAGUGCUCAAUGCAUUUAGAUUACCAAUAUAUUUAGCUUCCACUACUUUUUUAUUACUGACUUUUAUAUCUAAUGUUCACUAAUAAUGGUGGCUGUCUAUUUUAUUCAGAGUGUGUAUCCCACUUCUACCAUGGCCGUGUCAAAUAUGAUGUAGAUAUAUAUACUGACUGUUCCUUCGUCAAACGAAGGCAAUCACUGGUUUUUGGAUAUGACCUCCAACACGGAUCCCGUGUGACAGCAGGCUUUGGUAUGUUCAAGAACCAUCACUGCUACAAGACUGAGCGCUAAGCAUAGGUCUAACUUUGUGGUACUUCACCUAGAGGUGAUAAUGUCUCAAUGUCAGUGAAAGAUUCUCAACGGAACCUAAACGGAAAAAAUAACCCACAUCGUGUACUUUUAUUACAAUUGUGUGUGUCAUUAAACCAUUGAAGUCAAACCAUAUGCUGAACGUGACUAUAUAGAUACAUGUAUUUGCUCAAACAGGAAGUCAAAUUAGACUCUAAACCUAAUUAUAUAAAUCUGGGUUAAGAUGGCAACAUUGAAGUCAUAUCAAACUUUUAAACAUAACUACAAACCAGACUCUAAAUGCGAUUAAACUUCAAUGUUAACAUAUGUUCUUUCACAUAUUUAUUUGAAAGCUACUGCUGACAGUCAAUUUAUUCUUUCUGUAUAUUCCCUAUACUUAGUGUACGAGUUAAAAUUCUGUAGAUUUUAUCAAUGAACGAAUGAAUAUUAAUAAAAUGAUUUCAAUUCAA